GGUAAUAUUAUGCAGAUAUUUAUUUCUCAGCAGUCCUAGAUUGAAAGCAGCCAGGUAUCUCAGGCUAUUCCAUCCAUUCCGGUUGUUGAGGGCGCUGUUCGCUGAAAGCCCAGCUACCUCUCUUUCACUUCAUCUCUUGUACUGUAUGUGCGUGGAAAGAACCAGAGUGAACCCCAUCUAACGAACAUGGCUUCACUGGAGAGAAAGCCUAAUGCACCUACCCCUCUUGAGAGGCUGCAACAGACUCUCAAUCAUUUAGAACCAACGCCCCAGAGUCAGCAUAUCCAGAGCAAGCAGCAGCUGUCCAUCGUCCAUGGCCCCACGGAUUCACCUCUGUGGGACAUGACACUCGGCGAGUUACUGGAGUAUCAAUGCCUCCAACAUCGCAAUGAUGAGUGUCUUGUUGUAUCUUGGACAGGGACUAGAUGGACCUACGGGCAACUCUAUGAGGAAAGUCAGCGAGUAGCCCGCGGUCUCAUUGCCAGAGGCGUGCGAUUGGGCGAUCGGAUUGGCGUCAUGGCCGGAAAUUGCGAGCAAUACGUCUCGCUAUUUUUUGCUGCUGCAUCCGUUGGAGCAAUCCUAAUCGUUAUAAACAAUAAUUACACUCUAACAGAGUUGGCAUAUGCUUUGGAGCACACAGGCUGUAAAAUCCUCUUCAUUGCUCCCAAAAUCGGACGACGUUCACUGGAGGAACCUCUGGAGCAAUUGCGUUCACGGGACACAUCCAAAAGUCUUCCGCUUCUGCAACAUAUCAUAAUUAUACGGGGUCAAUAUCAAGAUCUGAAGACCUACGAAGAUGUUGUUCUCGAGGGUUCGGCGGUAUCCCUUCACCAGCUCCACCGACAGUCGAAUUUGAUCAGUCCCCACGAUGUCUGUAAUUUGCAAUUCACGAGUGGAUCAACUGGGAAUCCCAAAGCAUCAAUGUUGACACAUUAUAACCUCGUGAAUAACUCACGUUUCAUUGGUGACCGAAUGAGCUUCACAUCAGCAGAUAUUCUCUGUUGUCCUCCUCCUUUGUUUCAUUGCUUCGGUCUCGUCUUGGGAUUGCUGGCUUGCGUUACCCAUGGAGCAAAAGUUGUAUAUCCGGGGGAUACAUUCGAUCCACAAUUAACAUACAAAGCUAUUUACGAAGAGAGAUGUACAGCCCUUCAUGGCGUACCAACCAUGUUUGAAGCUAUUCUCUCGGAGUCGAACUCUAAGUCAGACUCCCUUGUCGUCUCCAAAACCCCCCCUUGUCUUCGAACCGGAAUCAUAGCGGGAGCUCCUGUUCCUCGGCCUCUCAUGCGCCGGCUACUCAACGAACUCAACAUGACUGAAUUCACCAGCAGUUAUGGGCUUACUGAAGCAUCACCCACAUGCUUCAACGCACUCACUACUGACACAAUCGAUUGUCGCCUGACAACUGUCGGAAGGAUCAUGCCCCAUGCCAGUGCCAAAAUUAUUGACCCGCGAAGCCCCCACCGGAUCGUCCCCGUGGGCGAAAAGGGUGAACUCUGUAUCAGUGGAUACCAAGUACACCGGGGUUACUGGGAGAAUCCCCAAAAGACAGAGGAAGCACUCCUCUACGACCCCCCUGAAUCUGAACAUGAGGACCCAUACGAUGGAAGAGGUAGAGGAAAGGGGAGAAUAUGGUUACGUACGGGCGAUGAAGCUGUAUUCGAUACCCAUGGCUAUUGCUACAUCACAGGAAGGUAUAAGGAUAUUAUUAUUCGGGGUGGAGAAAAUAUAUACCCACUGGAAGUUGAAGAGCGGCUCGUGUUGCACCCGAAGAUAACUAAGGCAGCUGUUGUUGGCCUUCCGGACGAGCGUUACGGAGAAGUAGUGGCCGCCUUCAUAGAAAUUGAUGCCGCCAGCAAAGGGGAUGGUGGUCCGUCACUCUCCGCAGAAGAGAUCCGAAACUGGACACGCGAAACUCUCGGGCGGCACAAGACCCCUGUGUACAUCUUUGCGUGCGGAAGCCAUCCGAUGCUGCCCGUGGUCAUCCCUCAGACUGGGAGCGGGAAGAUCCAGAAGCAAAAGCUUCGAGAGUUGGGGAAGAGUGUUGUGGAAAAGGGGCACACGGUGCUGCUAGGGUAGAUUGGUUAUUGUUCAAGGGACUUGGUUGCAUGAGAAUCAAGAGUAGACAAAUGAAAGGAGUGUACACCAUGGUGGUAAAUAUUAUCCAUCAAUGAAGUGCUUAACGUAUUUCACUAGCGAGCCGCCACCACAAACGAGCCGCCACUUCCGCUCCAACUCCUGCCCAUGGGCUAAAUACUAAAGGCUUUAUCAACC